AUGGAGGGCCUCAACAACGGCGACACUGCGUGGAUGGCCAUGUCCUGUGCAUUGGUUCUGUUCAUGACGCCUGGGUUAGCAUUCUUCUAUGGCGGCCUGGUGCGGGACAGUAAUAUCGUCAACACGAUGAUGAUGAGCAUCAUCUCCAUGGGACUGACCACCAUCACUUGGCUGGUGUUCGGAUUUACCUGGUCCUUUGACGAGUGGGGUGCAGGCAAGGGCUUUACCUAUGUGGGCUUCCGCAACCUCGAUGCUGUGUGGUCCGGCACCACGAUGCCAGGAAUGACCUUUGCAGUGUUUCAGAUGACCCUUGGCCUUAAUCUGGAAUCGCGCUUUUCAAGAAGCAUCGUGACCUUCGCAAUCAUAGCGGCUGCUAUCAUCUCUGGGGCCGUGGUCGAGCGCAUCCGCUUCUCGGCUUACGCUAUCUUCAUCGUGGCCUGGGUCCUUGCAGUGUACGUGCCCCUCUGCCACUGGAUCUGGGGCGGCGGCUGGAUUGCCGAGAUGGGUGCGAAGGACUUUGCCGGUGGAACUGUCGUUCACAUCAGCUCGGGCACCUCAGCGAUCGCUCUGGCAUCACUGCUGGGGGAGCGCAAGCACCGUUCCGAGUCCUUCCCCAGCAACCUGCCUUUCGUCAUCUUGGGCGGAGGUAUCCUUUGGCUGGGAUGGACCGGCUUCAACGGCGGCUCCGCCUUCGCCGCCAACGGCGACUGUGCCCUGGCCAUCGCCACCACGUACGUUGCGGCGGCCGCGGCCAUGAUCACGUGGGUCUCCGUCGAGCGCAUCCUCGAUGGAGCUCCCACAUCUGUCGGCGCCAUGUCAGGCGCAGUGGCUGGACUCGUGAACAUCACCCCGUGCGCCGGCUUCGUGGAGCCCCUGGGCGCUCUCGGCGUUGGUGCCAUUGGAGCCAUCUGCUGCGUCUUCGCGGCUCGUGGGUUGAAGAAGCUGAACCUGGUGGACGACUCACUGGACUGCUUCUCUCUGCAUGGCGUGGGAGGCUUCGCAGGUGCCAUUCUUGGCGGCUUCUUCGACACAGGCGAUGGCCUCAUCUACGGGGGCGACGGGCUCCUGCUGGCGAAGAACCUGGCCGGCGCAGCCUUCGGUGUGGUCUAUUCCGCAGCCGUGACCGCGGUGAUCUUCUUCCUGAUGCGCCUCGUCAUGCGCAUGAGGGUCAGCGAGGAGCAGGAGCUGGUCGCCUACGGCAAGAACGAGAACUCCGGCAAGCCGAACGCCUUCGGCGAGCACUCCCAGCGCUUCAAGCCCGAGGAGGCCCCAACGUCUGAGACCUCGGUUGGCGAAUUGGCCGAAAAGGCCGUGUUUUUUGCGGGCCUCAACAACGGCGACACCGCCUGGAUGGCCAUGUCCUGUGCAUUGGUUCUGUUCAUGACGCCUGGGUUAGCAUUCUUUUAUGGCGGCCUGGUGCGAGACAGCAAUAUCGUCAACACGAUGAUGAUGAGCAUCAUCUCCAUGGGACUGACCACCAUCACUUGGCUGGUGUUCGGAUUUACCUGGUCCUUUGACGAGUGGGGUGCAGGCAAGGGCUUUACCUAUGUGGGCUUCCGCAACCUCGAUGCGGUGUGGUCCGGCACCACGAUGCCAGGAAUGACCUUUGCAGUGUUUCAGAUGACCUUCGCAAUCAUAGCGGCUGCCAUCAUCUCUGGGGCCGUGGUCGAGCGCAUCCGCUUCUCGGCUUACGCUAUCUUCAUCGUGGCCUGGGUCCUUGCAGUGUACGUGCCCCUCUGCCACUGGAUCUGGGGCGGCGGCUGGAUUGCCGAGAUGGGCGCGAAGGACUUUGCCGGUGGAACUGUCGUUCACAUCAGCUCGGGCACCUCAGCGAUCGCUCUGGCAUCACUGCUGGGGGAGCGCAAGCACCGUUCCGAGUCCUUCCCCAGCAACCUGCCUUUCGUCAUCUUGGGCGGAGGUAUCCUUUGGCUGGGAUGGACCGGCUUCAACGGUGGUUCCGCCUUCGCCGCUAACGGCGACUGUGCCCUGGCCAUCGCCACCACGUACGUUGCGGCGGCCGCAGCCAUGAUCACGUGGGUCUCCGUCGAGCGCAUCCUCGAUGGAGCUCCCACAUCUGUCGGCGCCAUGUCAGGCGCGGUGGCUGGACUCGCUGCCUGCCUGUCCAUGGUGAACAUCACCCCGUGCGCCGGCUUCGUGGAGCCCCUGGGCGCUCUCGGCGUUGGUGCCAUUGGAGCCAUCUGCUGCGUCUUCGCGGCUCGUGGGUUGAAGAAGCUGAACCUGGUGGACGACUCACUGGACUGCUUCUCUCUGCAUGGCGUGGGAGGCUUCGCAGGUGCCAUUCUUGGCGGCUUCUUCGACACAGGCGAUGGCCUCAUCUACGGGGGCGACGGGCUGCUGCUGGCGAAGAACCUGGCCGGCGCAGCCUUCGGUGUGGUCUAUUCCGCAGCCGUGACCGCGGUGAUCUUCUUCCUGAUGCGCCUCGUCAUGCGCAUGAGGGUCAGCGAGGAGCAGGAGCUGGUCGCCUACGGCAAGAACGAGAACUCCGGCAAGCCGAACGCCUUCGGCGAGCACUCCCAGCGCUUCAAGCCCGAGGAGGCCCCAACGUCUGAGACCUCGGUUGGCGAAUUGGCCGAAAAGGCCGUGUUUUUUGCGGGCCUCAACAACGGCGACACCGCCUGGAUGGCCAUGUCCUGUGCAUUGGUUCUGUUCAUGACGCCUGGGUUAGCAUUCUUUUAUGGCGGCCUGGUGCGAGACAGCAAUAUCGUCAACACGAUGAUGAUGAGCAUCAUCUCCAUGGGACUGACCACCAUCACUUGGCUGGUGUUCGGAUUUACCUGGUCCUUUGACGAGUGGGGUGCAGGCAAGGGCUUUACCUAUGUGGGCUUCCGCAACCUCGAUGCGGUGUGGUCCGGCACCACGAUGCCAGGAAUGACCUUUGCAGUGUUUCAGAUGACCUUCGCAAUCAUAGCGGCUGCCAUCAUCUCUGGGGCCGUGGUCGAGCGCAUCCGCUUCUCGGCUUACGCUAUCUUCAUCGUGGCCUGGGUCCUUGCAGUGUACGUGCCCCUCUGCCACUGGAUCUGGGGCGGCGGCUGGAUUGCCGAGAUGGGCGCGAAGGACUUUGCCGGUGGAACUGUCGUUCACAUCAGCUCGGGCACCUCAGCGAUCGCUCUGGCAUCACUGCUGGGGGAGCGCAAGCACCGUUCCGAGUCCUUCCCCAGCAACCUGCCUUUCGUCAUCUUGGGCGGAGGUAUCCUUUGGCUGGGAUGGACCGGCUUCAACGGGGGUUCCGCCUUCGCCGCUAACGGCGACUGUGCCCUGGCCAUCGCCACCACGUACGUUGCGGCGGCCGCAGCCAUGAUCACGUGGGUCUCCGUCGAGCGCAUCCUCGAUGGAGCUCCCACAUCUGUCGGCGCCAUGUCAGGCGCGGUGGCUGGACUCGUGAACAUCACCCCGUGCGCCGGCUUCGUGGAGCCCCUGGGCGCUCUCGGCGUUGGCGCCAUUGGAGCCCUCUGCUGUGUCUUCGCAGCUCGUGGGUUGAAGAAGCUGAACCUGGUGGACGACUCACUGGACUGCUUCUCUCUCCAUGGCGUGGGAGGCUUCGCAGGUGCCAUUCUUGGCGGCUUCUUCGACACAGGUGAUGGCCUCAUCUACGGGGGCGACGGGCUCCUGCUGGCGAAGAACCUGGCCGGCGCAGCCUUCGGUGUGGUCUACUCCGCAGCCGUGACCGCGGUGAUCUUCUUCCUGAUGCGCCUCGUCAUGCGCAUGAGGGUCAGCGAGGAGCAGGAGCUGGAAGGCACAGGGCCUUACAUGACUCGCUUUGCACGGUGUGGAUCUCCAUUGCCACUCCGAGGCCUUCCGAUAGGGUUCAAGGCUUUCAAGGCCUUCAAGGACAUGUUGGACUGGAAAGUGCUCUGGGCUCUGGGUCCCUGUCACGCUACCGUCUUGGGUGGGUUUGUGAGUGUGCGACAAGUUGAGGUCGCCUACGGCAAGAACGAGAACUCCGGCAAGCCGAACGCCUUCGGCGAGCACUCCCAGCGCUUCAAGCCCGAGGAGGCCCCCACGCUGCUUACCGGAUCGGGGCCCGCCCGCUCCGCUGCAGAGAAGCCUACCGAGGUCUGA